AGACCAUCAUGCAGACAUCAGAGACCGGGUCGGACACAGGUUCGACAGUGACUCUACAGACAUCUGUAGCCAGUCAGGCAGCAGUGCCUACCCAGGUGGUGCAGCAGGUACCCGUCCAACAACAGGUACAGCAGGUGCAGACUGUGCAGCAGGUCCAGCAUGUCUACCCAGCUCAGGUGCAGUAUGUGGAAGGAAGCGAUACUGUCUAUACCAACGGAGCGAUCCGAACAACAACUUAUCCUUACACAGAAACGCAGAUGUACAGCCAAAACACUGGAGGGAAUUACUUUGAUACUCAAGGGAGUUCUGCACAGGUGACUACGGUGGUGUCGUCCCACAGCAUGGUGGGCACUGGUGGGAUUCAGAUGGGCGUCACGGGAGGACAACUCAUCAGUAGCUCUGGAGGGACCUAUCUCAUCGGCAAUUCAAUGGAGAACUCCGGUCACUCCGUGACACAUACCACUCGGGCCUCCCCAGCGACACUCCAGUGGCUGUUGGACAAUUACGAGACGGCAGAAGGAGUGAGCCUUCCCAGAAGCACGCUGUACAACCACUACCUACGACAUUGUCAGGAACACAAACUGGACCCAGUCAAUGCUGCUUCUUUUGGAAAACUAAUAAGGUCAAUUUUUAUGGGAUUACGAACCAGGAGAUUGGGAACUAGAGGAAACUCCAAGUACCAUUACUAUGGGAUUCGUGUCAAGCCAGAUUCCCCUCUGAAUCGUCUGCAAGAAGACAUGCAGUAUAUGGCUAUGAGGCAACAGCCCAUGCAACAGAAACAAAGGUACAAGCCUAUGCAGAAGGUGGAUGGGGUUGCAGAUGGUUUCACAGGAAGUGGUCAACAGACCGGCACAUCUGUUGAGCAAACUGUAAUAGCCCAAAGUCAACAUCAUCAACAGUUUUUAGAUGCAUCUCGAGCACUUCCAGAGUUUGGAGAAGUUGAAAUCUCUUCUCUGCCAGAUGGUACUACCUUUGAGGAUAUCAAGUCACUGCAGAGUCUUUAUCGAGAGCACUGUGAGGCAAUAUUGGACGUUGUUGUGAAUCUUCAGUUUAGCCUGAUAGAAAAACUGUGGCAAACAUUCUGGCGCUAUUCUCCCUCGACUCCGACCGACGGCACUACCAUCACUGAAUCAAGCAAUCUGAGUGAAAUAGAAAGUCGACUUCCGAAAGCAAAGCUGAUAACUCUGUGCAAACAUGAGUCUAUCCUGAAAUGGAUGUGUAACUGUGACCAUGGGAUGUACCAGGCUUUGGUGGAGAUUCUCAUCCCCGACGUGCUUAGACCUAUUCCUAGUGCCUUGACCCAAGCCAUUCGAAAUUUUGCAAAAAGCCUUGAAGGUUGGCUUUCCAAUGCCAUGAACAAUAUCCCACAGAGAAUGAUACAAACCAAGGUCGCCGCUGUAAGUGCCUUUGCCCAGACUCUGCGAAGAUACACGUCGCUCAAUCACCUGGCCCAGGCAGCUCGUGCAGUGCUCCAGAACACUUCCCAGAUCAACCAGAUGCUCAAUGACCUCAACCGUGUCGACUUUGCCAAUGUCCAGGAGCAGGCUUCUUGGGUGUGCCAGUGUGAUGACAACAUGGUUCAGAGACUAGAGACAGACUUCAAGAUGACCCUCCAGCAGCAGAGCACCCUGGAGCAGUGGGCCGCGUGGCUCGACAACGUGAUGAUGCAGGCUCUAAAGCCCUACGAGGGAAGGCCCAGCUUCCCUAAAGCUGCCAGGCAGUUCCUGCUAAAAUGGUCUUUCUACAGCUCAAUGGUUAUUCGGGACUUGACCUUACGCAGUGCUGCUAGCUUCGGCUCCUUCCACCUGAUCCGUCUACUCUACGAUGAGUAUAUGUUCUACUUAGUAGAACACCGUGUUGCUCAGGCGACGGGAGAGACACCCAUAGCAGUCAUGGGCGAGUUUGGUGAUUUAAAUGCUGUGUCUCCUGGAAAUCUGGAUAAAGAUGAAGGCAGCGAAGUGGAAAGCGAAAUGGAUGAAGAACUAGAUGACUCUUCGGAGCCCCAAGCCAAAAGAGAGAAGACCGAGCUGAGCCAGGCGUUUCCGGUGGGCUGCAUGCAGCCGGUGCUGGAGAGCGGCGUGCAGCCCAGCCUCCUGACCCCCAUCCACAGCGAGCACAUCGUCACGAGUACUCAGACUAUCAGACAGUGCAGCGCCACCGGAAACACCUACACCGCGGUCUAAGGGAUAUUAAAGUGUAUUUUUCCAGCUAACAUUACCCCUGUUGAUAGAUUGGGCUUAAGUUGAAAAUUGAAUAAGCCUGAAGGUCGACUGUUGUCAAAUUCUAUCUGUGCUGAACAUUACCUUUUUGGAGUUGUGAAAUGGAAUGGGUGUAUGUAUUUUGCCAGGUCUUUUUUUUUUUUUUCUUUUUAACUAAAAAAAAAAAAUCAUUUGCCUCUAAAUAAUAAGAGGUUUUUUUUUCCUCCUUAGUUUCAGGUGUCAAGAAGGAUUUUUACCACACUUAAUGCCAAUGUUUUUGUUUUCUUAUAAUUAAAAAGUAAUUUACAUUUUUUUUGUAGCUUAAAAUAUUUUAUUGUUGAUUGUUAGUCUUGGUGUAUGAUUUCAUGUGUAAGUUUUUAAUUAGAUGCACUUCUGUGAAAUAUCAAAAGAAAUGAAUUUCUUUGAUUUACACUGGAGGCAUGCCCGUCUAGCAGCAGAUGCAUCAAAGUUGCUUUUGAAAGGUGCUUUUCAUUGGACAGAACCACAGGACAGGAUUUCGAUAACACUUUGGUACAGAGAGAAUACAGAGCAUUUUUAUUACAGUGCUACAGGGUUGGGCAGGUCACCUGUUUUUCUCUGGAGAAAAAUUGAGCUGAGCAUUUAUCAGUUCAGAGUAAAUGACAGGACUGCAAGAGAUUAUGCUAGUAUGUACAUAAUUUGUGUACAUAAUUAUUAAACCAUAUUAAUGCAAGCUUCCGUUAAACAUUGAAUUUUAACCGUUAUUUGCAUACCAAUUCCUCUGUUUAAAGACUACUGAUUCUGUAUUUGGGGCCACUGCACAGAUGCAUUCUGCUGUUGAGUGGGGCUGUUAUAGUUAGAUACUGAAGCUGAAAAAAAAAAAAUGACUUGACUUUUGUUUGUUUUUUUGUUUUGUUUUGGGGUUUUUUUUUGUUGUUUGUUUUUUAAGUGUACAUGCUACUUAUACUGAGCUGGACAUACAGGAAACCAUUCCAUUUGGAUGACUUUCUUUUAUUCCAGGUCUUUUUCCUAAUAGUAGUUCAAUAUGCUGCUAUUAUAGAAGAAAAUUUAUAGAAUGCAAGGAAUGUAGCAACCUGCAUAUCGUGAUUUCCUUCAAAAAUAUUUCCUGGUUUCUAAAGUAUGUGGAUUUAAAUUUUAAACAGAACCUGAAGGCAGUGUACCUGGCACACCACACUGUCGCUUAUCCCCAGUUCCGUAGGAUUUGGAUAGGUGGCUGGAUGGACCAGUGCCAUUGAAGAAUGUACAUCAGGGAUCAUCGUACCUCGGCUAUUACAUGGUGCCUUAAAACAGAACUGAAGCUACGGUUUAGUAAGGCUUAUUUUGUUCAUGUGAAUUCCUCUUCAAUCCAUUUGACAAGGUGUGCCUGUCACGUUCAUGUUCCCGAAGUGAGGACAGGUCACAUGUUCUUCAAAAGAAAUUUAGGGCAAGCAGAGCAAAACAAAAAGACAAAAAAAAAAAAAAAAAAAAAAAAAAAAAAAAAAAAAAAAAAAAUCAAUUCCCCUCCCCAAGUGACCACGAACGGACUUUUUAUUCAUAGAGCUGAAUAUUACUUGAUUACAAUCAGAUUGCUUAAGGGUGUGGAAUAGCAAACUAGUUUUAAUUACCAACUUGUCACAUAAAAUCAUAUAUGUUUUAGGCCAUUUUUAUCUAGUUAUCAUUUAAAGAAAGUUAACAAAAUAAGCAGGUACUUAUCGAAGUGCAUCUUUUCAGUCUAAAUGUUCUUUAUUUUUUGGUUUUUUUUGUCUGUGUCUUUAUGUCUGUGUGUCCACAGCGCACACAAGUGCCUGUGGGCAGGAGUCAGCUGCAAAGUCAGGUGAGGUCCUAGACAGGAUACACCCAUCCCCAUUUGAAUUUACAUGAAAAGCCAAGGUUCUUUUAAGCGCUCAAGUUAUUAACAGCAACAACAACAACAAAAAAAAACAGGCACAUCGAUUUAUUUAAGUAGUUUUUAAAAAGCUAAUCAACAAAAAUAAAUGAGCACAUAAACACCUAAAGCCAAAAAAUAAAAGGGGGGGGGAACACAAAAUGAUUUACAAAUGAUUAAUGAGGCCUAUAUUAAACUCAAGAUGUUUAUCUUUCCAGUUUUACUAGGGUGGGGGUGGGGGGUUGGAAAGCAGAGGGCAAGCCAAUCUGUAAAGUGAAAAAUACCAAAUGGCUUAUUGGGUAACAUGCAGUGUAUAUCUGCUGUGGUUGCUCGAUUGCCUUAGGCCAUUCACAAAACUAAGAUCAACAGAGUUUCUUAAGUAAACUUUAAAUGUUCUAGAUGUAAUUUUUUAAAUGGGUUCGAAUUUUGUAUGACUCAUCUCAUUUAUUUGGAAGUCUUCACUGUCAUUCUCCCAUCACCUCAUCCAAAUACCAUUGAAAUAACUAUCCCCCUUUUUUCCUCCCCAAAAAGAAGUUGAUAAAUUUGCACCAUGACGCACACAAAAAGGCAAACAAACAAACAAAACACCUUCACUGCGAAGACCACAUAUCUAUUUCAUUGUGCAUUAGGGAAUGUUUACAGGUAAAAUUAAAAUCACAACAUGAAAAAGACACUCGUCAUUUCGACUCUCCUUUCUGAGAAAGCUUUUUCGCUUUCCCUUCCCCGUCCACCAGCCCCAGAACUGCACUCUAUCUGUAUCGGACCAAAUGUAUUUGCUGGUUUCACCUUGUUUAUUGGACGAUUUUCAAUGUAUUUAUUAUCAUUGUUUAUUGUUGGAUAUAUUUGUAUCAUUAGAGGAACCUGAUAAUAAUGGGCAAAUUUAGAGUGAUGAAAGGUAGGGAUUGGGGACCCUCCAGGAUUCAACAUUUCUUCCAAUUGUUCAUGGUUUGUUCUCCAUCAGGACAGAUUAAGAAUUAACAGAUAUGACUGCAUUUCAGCUUGACUCACUAAAAACCUCCUGAUCUCCUUCACGAACACAGGAGCAUUCAUCUGUGACUAGGGCAGAUAGUUCCAAACCAACAGACAAAAGACCAUCUCCAGUCUGUGCCAUUUCCGGUGAUCUGUAGUCUCCAGUAGGACAGGAACACCUCUACAAUCACAAAGACAUCUCAGCCAAUCUCGAAUUUGAACUGUGAGAUCGAGGAGAGAAGUCAAACCUCACGAUUUGUACAUUUGUGGAAAUGGGAACAAUCCCCUUUAUUGCCUUUAUUUGAUGUUUGGUUUUCAUUUGUUUCAUUCAUUGAAACUAUGACUUUUCUAAGUAAUACGGACGCUAAUACUCUCAGAGUAGAUUUAUUGACAAGUGACAAGUAUACAUGUUAAGGACUUCUUAAUAUUUCUUGACAUUGUAACCAAACCCAGUAGUCAUGAAAAAUAUCUAUAUAGACCACGUGCUACACUUUUCAGCGAGGAAGAUGUAAGGAAGGCAUGUUGGCUAUUUUUAAGUUUCAGAAAAGAUACUUCCGUCAAAUAGGAUUGAGUCUCGUGGGUGUGGUUUGAUCUUCACAUACAUACUUUGAGAAUCAUACCCAGAAGAUUUGCAUUCAUGAAGCCAGUGAACAAUGGGGUGAAAUGGGGGAAACACCUCCUUGGAACACAGGGCCCAAUUUUGAAAUUUUUCUUUGGCUCUCAAACGGCUGGUCACUUUUUCAGGAUUCUCAUCCAAACCAUGUUUGGACUGACUAUUUAAGUCUUACUGCCUUUUCAGAAAUCUGCUUUCCUUUUUGUGCUUUUUCUUGUACUGUAUAGCACGGUUCAUGCACCUCUCUUUAGAUGGUGUACUUUAAAAACAAAAGUAAAUUUUAGAAAAUGGUUUUAACACUGCAUACCUGAAAUUAGUAGCGUGCAACAUUGACUGCCUUUGAUUUGUAGUAGAUGAGUCAAAAUGAACACGGUCUUAUGGCAUAUGCUGUCAAAGUCAUUCAGGAAUGACUGCGGUUUCAUUACUGUCAUCAUGAACCUUUUUACGUGAACGCACUCCCUAGAAGUGCUGAACGUGAUGCAUUUUCAAAUUUAAAAAAAAUUCUUCAGAUGGUAUAUUUGAAAUGUCUAAAAUGAUGCUGUGCUAGAAACAUUAGUGUAAAAGAAAAAGAAAAUGUGUGUCACUGUGAUGUUGGUCCUCCCUGUGUGGACGCAAAUAGAAAGUAAAAAACACUCUGGCAAGUCACCUUUCUGUUCAAUUUGAGGCAGUGGUUAUGGACAACAAAUUGACCUUUGGCAGAACCUUCCCUCCCCCAAAUUCUUGGUGAGAAAACAACUACUAUCAAAACAUGGAAAUCGGAACAAAUCAGAGCUUCUGAUUUCAAUGCAUCACACCGGAACAUGGGGGAGAGGGGCAGACAUGCAGUGCUAUGAAAAUUGGGCUUGUCACUAGAUCAGAUCAACCUCCAUGUAUAUGGUUAGAACAAAUCAAUGAAUGGAAUCCUAGUAUUUCUGCAAGUUUGGUGAUUUAAAAAAAAAAAACUGGAAUAGAAGCAUUAAUUCAGUGCUUAGUUCUAGUAUUAGAAAACCCCUUUGAUGUAAUGCCUUGUAUUAACCCUUUGAGCAUUGUAAGAUAUACAAUGGGGGACAAAAGCCUUUCAGAUCAUUUAUUUAGACUUAGACCGGUAAAAUAUACUCUAUAUCCAAAUGUCUAAUUAUGCUGUUUUUUUAAAGGGGGGGGUAGGAAG